CUCCAGCAAAAAACUCUCCACUUUCUCCCCCUCUCCGGUCCAUUACAUAGCUUUUCGAGGUGAUACUGCCUUGGCAACGCAGAAUUGGUUCAAGGCAGAAGGCGCAAGAAAAAAAAAAGAGAACCAUCCAGGAUUCGGGAAAUUCUGUCUGCAGCUUUCAUAAAAACCGAACAUGAAACCUCAGUUACUCGCCAUAGACUUUGUACUCAUGUGCAUAUCUUGCGGAGCAAGUGCACUGGCAACGACUAUUCCCGCUGUCUCCGCGUCCUCGCCGGCUGCCAACAUCACCAAUCCUGGCGCAGCGCGCAGCCACGGAACAGACGCCACGGCUCAUUCCAAAACCAGGAGGAAGCGUUAUAUUAGUCAGAACGACAUGCUUGCCAUUCUUGAUUAUCAUAACAAAGUUAGAGGGAAGGUGUUCCCCCCAGCCUCUAAUAUGGAAUACAUGGUUUGGGACGACACAUUAGCCAAGACAGCCGAAGACUGGGCUCAUGCCUGCCUGUGGGAGCACGGCCCGCCUCACCUUCUCAGGUUCCUGGGUCAAAACCUCUCCGUCAGGACAGGACGCUAUCGGUCUAUUCUUCAGCUGGUGAAGCCUUGGUACGAUGAGGUGAAAGAUUAUUCUUUUCCCUACCCCCGCGACUGUAACCCUCGAUGCCCUCUCAGAUGCUAUGGACCCAUGUGUACCCAUUACACACAGAUGGUUUGGGCAACAUCUAACAAAGUGGGCUGUGCUGUUCACACUUGCUACAACAUGAAUGUAUGGGGCUCGGUAUGGAAGAGGGCAACAUAUUUAGUCUGCAACUACUCACCUAAGGGUAACUGGAUUGGAGAGGCUCCCUACAAAGUGGGUGUACCCUGCUCCGCCUGCCCUCCCAGCUAUGGGGGCUCGUGCAGCAACAACAUGUGCUUCCCAGCUCUCAAGACAAACUACCUGCACUGGUUCAAAUAAACACAGGUUUCCUCUCAACGUAAGCUGACAACCUACAGUACCACAGAGACAAUAUUUUAAAUCGAGUAAGGAUUUGCACAACAGUUGUGGACCACACUAUUUUGUAUAUAUGGGCUUAUUUAAGGAACUGAACCUACAUUGGAAGGCACCGGGCGAUUUGAUAACUUGUAAAUAAUCUGUAAAUUAAUUUGUUGCAUUUUUACCGGAUUGCUAUGACUAUUUGAAAUGAUGAAAUUUAUGAAAAUAUAUUUAUAUGAAACAUGGAUCUUUCAACAAUGUGUACUGUGUGGUGCUGCAAAUGCAUUUGUCAUUGAUUUUGUUUUAGUUUACAGUUGACAAUGUGGUAAUUAAGGACAUUAACAAGUGUCAUAGCUCAUAAUACCUGCUCACUUUGGUGCUAUGGGCAUCACACCUUCAUGCUGUGUGCUCUGCCUUCACAAGAAUGUUGGGAUCAAACAGGAUCAAAAGGAUCAAAGCUUUUGACCUAGGAGGGGAAACCCACACUGGCAGCGUCAGCUUUACUGUGGCUUUGGUGCCAACGGUGACCUUUAAGCAGAACUUGGUAUAUUGACUAAAAGCUGCAUAUUUGCAAAGGAGUAGUGCAACACCAAUAAAGAGUGAGAAGUCUUGCUGGAUUUCUAGCUUUUAUGACGGCUUCAUCUGUAGGAAGGUGCUUUGGUACAGAGCUGAAGCACAGCAGAAAGGGAGGAGAGGACUUCCAAGUUGUAUUCAUUAAAACUUCCAAGCUAAGUUAAACUUUUUGAGAAGGUUACCAAGUUCUGCUCUAAGUGUCCUGCAACAAAUAAUGCAGCUUAUACUUUGCGUAGACUGGGACAUCUCCAGUUGAAGGCCAAUUAUGAGCACAGAUAACACCUCUGCUGUCAAACGCUUUUAAAAAAACAACAAGGUGCAAUUUUAGUUUCAGUCUGCACUAAUUAACUUGAGUGUCAUGCUAAGGCUGAGAAUAUACUUGCUUUUUAGCCUUGUAUUCGUAUAGAUGACACUUUGUCUCUACGAGUGUAACAAAGUGAACAUAGUUGUUCACAUACUUGCUUUUGCUUUUGGAUAGAGUUGCAGAAUUCGUAGGCUGUAAACAAAAUGUUAAAUGCAUUUUACCACUGUUGAUCUUCAGACCUUUCCAUCUGGUCAAUUAGGUCCAUAGACUGUCCCUAGAGUUUACUCGUAGAUUGCAUUUUGCAAAUGCAUAGCUAUAAUUUCUGAGGAUGUGCACAAAUGAUGCUGAAAACAAACGCAACAUUGCAAAGCAGCCAAGACGAAUAUGCACUUGAAUAAUUAAAUGCAAGUAUCUUUUCAGCCUAACAGUUCAACCUACGGGGCAUUGCACAGGUUUGUAUUCAUUUUUCAUACAUUUCUGCUAUAAAUCUGACCCACAUAUCUGCUCUGUAAUCAUACUUAUGUACAUAUAUAGGUAUAUAAGUAUAGUGGUAUGUUAUAUACCAUUAUGUAUUUUGGAUGUUUUCUAUAUUUUCUUAUGAAUGCUGAUUUGGUUUUGGGAAUCAUGCACUGAAGUGCACCUUAAUUGUUUGUAAAUUUCUAAAAUAACAGAAAAUGAUUAUUACUUUUGUAUGUUUAGAUAAUCAUACCUUGACUAUCUUAAAACAAGUAUAUUGUAAGUUAUUCUUUUUUAUAUUGACAAGAUUUAAUUAAUGAUUUUUUUUUUUACUUUUUGUAAAAGAAUUACAGUAUAUGAAAACAUAUUCAACACAUUCCAGUGGACAAAAAGUUACAAUCAUAGGAAAGUAACGUUUUUUUCAGCACUGACAGUAUUUAAAUCAACAUUGAGAUAUUUAUGCAGUGAGUUGCAUUUUUCUUUUUGUUUGUGUGUGUGUAAUAAAAUGCUCUAUUUU